AUGUCAUUACCAUCUCAGGGACUGCGUGAGCCUCGUGGCUUACCUCCUAAGCCUUACGCAGCUGAAGACGAUGCCGUGGUCCAGCAGUGGCAAAGUAAUGGAGGAGCUGAACGGGCUGAGCUGAUGCCUCCUAGAGAGGCUGUAUUGCCGGCAUCCUCGUCAGGCCACGAGAUGCAGCCAGAGGUCUCAGCACAGGGCCUGUAUCCAUGGCAGGUCAGUUAUUCUCAGGCCGAGAGAUACCAUAUAUCCGAAGGUCCAGAGGACAACACCAGGCCAGCCAAUUUGCGUAAGACAAACGAAGACGACUUCUCGGAACAGGCUGCAGUCGCCCGCGCACAGUAUACUCGUGCAUUUCCGCAGUUUGAUAACGGUCUUGCAGUCGAUAUGCAAGGUUGGAGCCAGAACGUCGCACAGAACAUGACAUACUACCCCCAGACCUGGCUCGGAGGUGGUGGUUUGCUGAGAGAUGUUGUUGACGGUGCCGAGCAGGAUGAGCAGACCCAGUUUGAUGGCGGAACACGUUUUGAUACGUACACCUGGGGUACGGGAUCGGACGAGAGCCUGCCAGUGGUCGCAGCAUUGGAUAUGUCUUGGCAACUUGAUUCGUUCUUCCGUGAAAGUGUCGAUGGUCGAAGAAACGCUGCCUCAGAAUCUCUCUCUCCGCUAUCAAGACCAAGAGACUCGAGGACAAACCAGCCGACGUCAUUCGAGGAAGGUCCACUCUCAGACAUGCAGUAUCCUGACCUCGGCCCGGACAUGGAUGAGACGGCAUUCCAGCACGUUCUGCCUACCACAGAACGCCGCGAAACGGAGCCCAACAACAGUGAAGGUCAAGCAAAGUCCGCCGCGCUUUCGAAAGCCUUGAGCGAGGCCAGAUCAAAGAGAACCACAUCGCUCAUGGAGCCAGUGUCAACACACUCAGCAAACACCCUCGGUCCUCAUUCCAACAGCGACACAAUUCAAUACCCACCCGACAUGUCUCAACCCGAUCCCCACACUUACCUCGAUGCGCGCGAUCUCAAUCAUGUCGACGGUGCCUCUCUACGCGCUUCCAGAUCCGCCAGCGAGACUUCCGAGCUCGACAUCUCGUCGUUCUUGGACAGUCAGGAGCCUGCCACCGCUCAUCAGCCAAAACCCAUCCAAAACAAUCACCGACCCGAGCAAAUACACAUCUACCGCAUCAGCGAGAUUGUGGUCGACAUCUGCAGAAGUCCCCGUGACCAGCGCGAGAAGGAGGCUAUAAGACUUCUCACAUCUCUCGGCUUGAGCCAGUCACAGCAACAUCGCGCCUUCAAGAUCUACGCAGACAUGGCUGCCCAUAACAAAGAGACAAAGAAGGAUGCAGAACCUCUUGUGUUCAGAAAGUGGCUCUGUCUCUUGAUCUACGACGUACAGACCCGAGCGAGUGCCGCCAACAGCGCCUCCAAGAACAUCAAUGAUGCCAGGAUCAAGGGACUCUUCUGCAAGGAAGGCAUUCAUCAGUUGAAGUGUGGCCAUACCUGCCGCUCCAACGAAGAAUGCGGCAUGAACUGUGUCAUCUUUUCAUCCUACCCUGACACACCUAUCAUCGACGUUCGCAUGUCGGAGCUCCCUUGCAACGAGUGUGGCAACUGGCUUUGA